AUGGCAGAUCCGGAGGAAAGUUCAUCCACAGGAAAGUUCCGGUGUUCCUCGUCUCGUUGCAUCCCGCUGUCCUCUCAAUGUGAUGGAAUAGAGGACUGCCCAUCAGGAGAGGACGAGCUGAGCUGUGUUCGUGUGAGUGGACGUUCUCUGGUGCUGCAGCUGUUGUCAGCGGGGAUCUGGAGGACUGUCUGUGCAGAGGGGUGGAGCCAUGACAUCACCCAGCACGCCUGCUACCAGCUGGGCUACUCUAGGCCUCGGUACGGCGCUCGUAUUGUGGGGGGGAAUGCGUCGGGGGCGGGGCAGUUCCCCUGGCAGGUGAGCCUCCACUUCCACAGCGAGCAUCUGUGUGGCGGGUCCAUCAUCACACACACCUGGAUCCUCACCGCAGCACACUGUGUCUACGGAUUUGCAUAUCCCUCCCUGUGGGCGGUGCAUGCUGGGCUUAUCGACCAACCAGUGAACGGAGCACAGUCGGUUGCCGUGGAGAAGAUUGUCUAUCACAGCCGCUACCGCCCCAAAGGGUUGGACUACGACAUUGCGCUGAUGAAACUAGCCAAUCCACUGACCUUUAACGGGCUGGUGGAGCCGAUCUGCCUGCCAGGGUUUGGGGAGGAGUUUCAGGAGGGAAGAAUGUGCUGGAUCUCUGGCUGGGGCAGCGUCGAGUACGAAGGUGAGCCCAGUGUGUCUCUGCAGGCCGCUCGUGUUCCGAUCAUCUCCUCUAAGGUGUGCUCACAGCCAGGUGUUUACCCAGGAUUCAUCUCACCUGGCAUGGUCUGUGCUGGAUAUCUGGAGGGAGGGACCGACUCCUGUCAGGGAGACAGUGGUGGCCCUCUGGCGUGCGAUGUGAACUCGCUGUGGAAGCUGGUGGGCGUGGUCAGCUGGGGAGAGGGAUGUGCAGAGAGGAACAAGCCUGGAGUUUACACGCGUGUCACACACACACUCCGCUGG